GUAGAAACGUCAAAAACAAUAAAAACACAAACAUUGUGUGCUUUUCUUCAAACAAAUCCAAUCCUUUCGGAAAAAAAUCGCUUCAAAACUAGUUUUUUUAUCGCUAAAAUCAAUAACUACAUCUCCCAUCCACGGCGUAUUAUUUCAACGUUUCACUGGUUGCAAAGGUCAGCGGCGAUUUCCCACCAGGAACCAUGAGCAGCGGAUUUGUGACCGAAACGGAACUAGCCGAGGCCAGACGCAUCCGGCAGGAAGAAUGGGAAAAGGUCCGCACAGCAGACCAACCCAUUGAGGCACCGGAAGAGGAAUACGAUGCCCGCUCGCUGUUCGAGCGAUUGCAGGAACAGAAACAGAAAAAGGACCUCGAGUACGAGGAGGCACACAAGCUAAAAAACAUGAUCAAAGGAUUGGAUGACGACGAGGUGGAAUUCCUGGAUCUGGUGGACAAGAACAAGAUGAACGCCGAGCGGAAGGCACAACUGGAAGAGGCCAAGGAAAUGAACGAGUUUCGGCAGCAGGUUGCUUCCCUGCAGGAGAAACGGAUGGAUGAGCAAAUUCAGCAACAAAUAUCAAAACCGAAGCCAGCCAAAGCCCCCAUUGUAUCCAGUCGAUUGUCACAGAAGAAAAUCUUAGCCGGAGUCGUGGUUCCAAAGCGAAAGCGUGAGGAUGAACCGGUGACCGCACCAGCUGAAACAAAAGAACCUGCAGCAAAUGGCCAAAAGAAGGACGGUAAUACCGCCAGUGCUUCAUCAGAAGUGGCGCCCGCCGCGAGCAGCGAAAUGGCCAAACCCGAAAGCCGAACCACCGGCAACAAGAAGCUGAAGAGUGGAGCCAUGCAGGUCAUCGGCAUCCUUCCGGGGUUGGGAUCCUAUCGGGAGUCGACCGAUUCCGAGGAGAGCAGUGAUACGGACUGCGACUGCGACACCGGCCACUACGACUGGGUUGGGCGGAAGAUCGUCAAGAAAGCGGAAGAGAAGUGAGCAGGGGGACAUUGGAAUGUGUGGGGAUACUAAGUACUAAGUUGGAAAGGCGAGAAAUAUAUGUCAAGCUUUGAAUUGUGAUUUA